CUACACUUGAACCCUGAUUUAAUUCCACAGUCAAUCUCAAAACAUAAUUUAAGACUAUUUUUGUAUUUGAGUUCAUACCUACUACAAUAUGCCAAAUUUUCUGUGGAUAUUUAUAUUUUUCUUAGGAUUAGCUUAUGCCAGGAAUAUACAGUUUUCUGUAUCAACUAACCAUCACAGGCAUACUAGAGACAUAAUAUCAGAAAAAUUCCUAAAUAAUAAUAUAGAUGGAUUCAUUCUAAAAGAGUGUAAGCGCAACAACCUAAAUGUCGAAAACCAAUCUGAAUUAGAGACUGCAUUAGUAAAUAUGGACUCUUGUUUUAAAAGAAAAACCAUAUUUUUAUCAUCACAGUCAGAUUAUUUAAAUAAUAUGGAAGAAUGUAGUAAAACACCUAAAGAACUAGUUACAAAGUGUCUACCUAACAACCUAAAGUACCUGCCUGAUAUGUAUUUCAAAUCGGCGAAGGCAUUAGUGAAGUUAUACUAUAAGGAUAACUCAAUAAUGCAAGGUACACCUAUGACAGAUUGUGAGCAAAAAAUUAUGCAAGAAGACGCACAAACUUAUUACGCAAAUUGUCUGCUUAAACUGAAAGAAGGAAAUACAAACAAUGAUAAUUUACUUUCAAAGACAAGUUUAUGCAGGACAGCUAAAGAAUUUGCCAACUGCUUUGCAGAAACUAUGUUAAAUAAAUGUAAAAAACAUUCCGAUAUUGAAACAUUUACACAAGAUUACGUGAAAUCUCAAGACGAAAUAUGCAGCUUAUAAAUAAACACUAUGGAUUUAUGUCAAAUUAUUUUCGUACUCGAAGUAUACUGACCAAUAUUUUUAAAUAUAUUCUCAAUUAGGUACGUCACAAUAGGAAUAAUAAUGUCGAGGAAAUGAAGCAUUUUGGCUCGCAAUUUUUUCGUCCAGCAUGGAUUUCCUUAAAAUGUUCACAGAAGGUAGGGAAUAGUCCAAGGAUCAUUGUCUAUAUCAUGCCGCUGUACGCUAAUACCUUGGGGGUGGCUGCCACCCAUCUCGGGGGUGGGAAUUUUUUAUUACAUUUUAACCAUGUAAAUCGAUAUAAAAUGUAAUUCUAAGGAAAUCUUAUUUUUUACAUUUUCUUCGUAGGUAAAACUAAUAUUUCUCGAGUUAUUCGCGCUUGGAAGUAACAGUUUUUCAUCGAAAAAAUCGACUUUUUAGAGGGUUUUUUGAGAAUACCUCGAAAAAAUAUGAAUUUAAUCAAAAAAACUGCAGAUAACAAAAUUGUAUCUUUUAGUAACACAAACUAAAUGCUUUUUCUAUAAUAUUUUUAAAGCCAAUACAAACCGAGAUACGGCAUGUUAAAAGUUAGCAUUUCUCGUCAAAUGCAUAAUUUGAAAUAUUCAAAGCCAAAUAACGGGAACAUUUUGCAUUUCUCGAUUAAAACUUUAAUUAUCUUUUUUGAAGCACACAAUUAAACCUUUCAAAAAAUAAUAAUAAAAAAUUUUUAUCACCAAAAUAAUGCGACUCAUGAUCAAGAAAAGUAGGUACCUGCUUUUCUCUACGAAAAAAUCAGUGAAAAUAACCCCCUAACUACCCUCCUAAUUAAAAAUUGGUUUUAGCCUUCUUGUCAUUCCUUGUAUAUUUGUAUUGUAAAUACACCCAAGAAGUUUGACCUAUUUAAAAGGCCUAAUUUUAGAAAAAUUAGAAUUGCCAUUUCGUGUUUUUCACAUUUUACUUUCAAAUAUCUCCGAAAAUACUGGAGAUACGAAAAAAUGAUCGAUUACUAAAUUGUAGCUUUUAUAAUAGCUAAAUUUAUAUUGUCCAUAGAUUUUCAUUACAGUCAAUAGUUAGCGAGACAUAGCGGUUUAAAUCCUCUAUUUAGGAUCAAACACUCCCUUAUUCGAGAACUUUAAACCCACCUUAAUUAAAAAGUAAGGGAUCUGACGGAAUUUAAUUUACAAAUUCUUAUAGUUAUUCAAAAAUCCUACAAAAUUAUUUUUGAAAAAACUUUUAAUCAUCAAAAAUUAAGGAGUUUUGUUAAUAAAACUAUUUUUUUUUUUUUCGAAAUAUUCGAAUAGUCCACUUAAGGAACAUUUUCAAUGCAUGUAUAAUACCACAUAACUGAUUCGUAUACUGGAAAGUGACUUAAAAACCAUUUGUAUUUGUACUUCUACAUAUUUGUAAAUUCGUAUUUUUGUGUAAAUAAAUGUUUUUGUAAUUCUUUAAUUCUACUUUUUUUUAUUGUAUAGAUCUAUUAAAUUAUCUACUUAUAAAAAUUGUCAUCUUCUAAGGGUGGUUUUUAAGGGUUGAAAUAUUAUGAUAUUAUAUCCUAAAGCAUAAAACAAUCAAUAUUUUACCCAAUCAAAACCAAAUUUUUCCCAUAUUAAAGUUUACAGUGUUUUUAACACAGUUUACAGUGUUGUUUUUGACAAUACGGGGUAGUUUACACCUCUUUAAAAAUAAUCGACACCCUUGAGGAUGUUAUAGAAUAUGAAGUAGAUGAUGAGAUUAUCCUAAUCUCAAAUUUUUAUGUAAAUCGAUACAAGCCGAAAUUAUUCAUUUAGGAUAAUUAAUUUUUUAUAUAUAGCUCCAACGGGUUAUUUUAAGGGUUGAAAUAUUAUGAUAGUAUAUCUUAAAGCAUAAAACAAUUACAUACUAUGUAACUAAUAAGAACCAAAUGUUGACGAUAUUAGUUAGUUUAAAAGUAAGUUUAAAAUGUUGUCUUAUAAUUUUUUACAAGUAGUUUUUUUAGGGGUAGUUUCACCCUUAAAAAACCAAAAGCGUACAACGGCUCAAUAUAGAAAAUGAACUAAAGGGUGAAAUGAGCCUAAUCCCAAAUUUUUGUACAAAUCGAUGUUGGACGAAAAAAUUGCGAGGUUUUGCUAUUUUUUCAGUUUCAUUUCCUCGACUAUUAGCCAAAAAUCAUAUUUCAUGACCUGGCGGUAUCUGUUUUGAAACACCCUUAUUUGGGUAAAUCGUACAUUUUCCUAUAUCGUAUAUUAUGUCUUAUUUUUUUGCUUUAAUCGCUUCCAAAUAUUGUUCGAAAUGAUCAUUUUCAUCAUGUAGAAUGUAGACACUUCCGAAGGUGGACUAAAUUUUUCAUUAAACAAUUUUUUAAAAUAAUUAAAACAGUUCAUUUUUUUAUCUUUUUUGUUAUUAUAUCUCGGCAUCUACGCAUUUUAGAAAAAUUUUCUAAAAAUAAAAGUGUUUUGAAAUUAUAUUUCCAAUGUAGAAUUAAUUGCAAAUUGAAAACAUAACUAAUAUUAUUGCAAAAUAGCAAGCCAUAGAGAAUCGUAAACAAUUAUAUAGUAAGUAAAAAAAUUUAAGAGCCACAUAGAACCUUAGAAAUCGAUAAAUAAUAUCUUUUUAAUAUAAAAAACACUGUACAAAAUUUCAUCAAAAUCUAUUAACGGGGGGGGGGGGGUUAUGAAUUUUUCUCGAAGCUAUGGUAGAAUUAUUGGUACCCUGUCAAAAUAGCCCCGUCAAAAAAGCUCCGACAAAAUAGCCCCGACAUAAUAUCCCUCACACAAAAUAGCUCCGACACAAUAGUCCCGACAAAAUAGCCCCGAAAAAAAAGCUCCCUUCAGAAUUCAUCAUGAAAUAAUUCCUUAAAAAUACAUUUUUUCGGAAAUGGUAAUUAUCCUCUAUUCAAAUGUUUAUCUUAACCACAUUAAAUAAAAAUGGUCUUUUCAGAGAACUCGAGUCCUGUCUUUCCUGCCUCUUGGAAGUUUGAACAUUUAAGUUAGGCGAAAAUCAAUGUUAAUUUAUAAAAAAUUUUUUCUGUUUUCGGGCAACAGUAAAAUGCAUUUUUUCUACAACCGUGUUAAAAAUGCAAUUUUUAGCACUCCAUGCGUGCGUUAAAAAUGCUACUUUAAGGCACUAGUGCUUUAAAAUAUUUUUAAGGCACUGCAAUUCGUAUUGACCGUAUAGACAAUUUUGAUAUAAUGUCAAAAAAAAAUAUAAAAAUGGAAUGUCAGUCAAGUUCAAGUAAAAGUUUUUGUAGCUAUUGUCCUGUAAUUACGUUUGUAGAAAAAAUAUUGUAUGAUAUGCGUGUUAAAAAGUACAUAUUUAAGGCACUCAUGUGAAUUGCAGAAUUCGCUAUCGCUCAUUCUGCAAACUUUCACAUGCGUGCCUUAAACGUGUACUUUUAACACUAAUAUCAUAAAUAACUAUUAAAUUAAAUAAAUUAAAUACAGUCUUCCUUUUUGUCAAAUAAUUUAAAUUAAAAAAAAUUUUUGGACACCUUGUAUAAAUAAUUAUGUAAUUUUGACAAUAAUAAAUAAUUAUGAUCUAUUUUGUCGCGGCUAUUUUGUUUGCGAGCUAUUUUGUCGAGGCUAUUUUGUGUUCGGGCUAUUUUGACGGGGCUUUUUUGACGGGGCUGUUUUGACCGGGCUAUUUUGACGGGUCACGAGAAUUAUUUUAUUUUUAAUGGUACAUUCUUUCACGGGUUUUGGUGUAAAUUGUAAAGAACCGCUUGGAUUGAUAUGAAAUUUGGCAUAUGCAUAGCUAACAUAUCAAAGAAAAAAGUGAUCUGGUGCCGAUGUGUGCUUUUACCCUGGGGGUGAGUUUCACCCCAUCCAGUGGGUGAAAAAUAUAUGUCCAAGAUAAGUCCCGAAAUGGAUAAACUGCCUAAUUUUAAGCAACUUUUGUUCUAUAGAGUUUCUCCGCCAAAUAUAUACUUUUCGAGUUAUUUGCAAGUGGAUAUGUUCAUUUUUCAACAAAAUAACCACGUUUUUAGACGGUUUUCGCAAAUAACUCAAAACGUAAGCAUUUGCCGAAAAAAAUAUUCUUAGCAAAACUAUAGCCUAUCAAAAAGUGAAAAAAACGGUGUAUAUAUUAGGUCUCUAUACCUAGCAAAAGCAGAGUUAUAGCUAAUGAAAAAUAGGUUCUUAUUCGAAAAAUUCCAAAUAGAAUAAUUCAAUGUGAAAUAUCCAAAUAAUGAAGCAUUCUUGGGGAAAACACAUUACAACUUUUUUAAAGUGUUUUAAAAAAGCUUUAUUUCUGUUUUUAUAAAAAAAAUUUCUAGCAUCAAAUGUAAGCAAGUUACGCUCAUAAUAGUUGGUUCCUUUUGUUUUGGCAAAAAAAAAAUCAGGAAUAUCACCCCCCAAUUAGCAGCUUAAAUGAAAUUAAUCGUUACCGCUUUACAAGUUACUUUACUUAUAUUGUGUUUAUAUGAUCUGUAAGCUUCAUCUAUUCAAAAUGAUUAUUUUUGAAAAAAAAAUGGUUUUAAAAUAAAUUUUUAAAAAUUUUUUUUUUUUCAAAAUAAAUUAAAAAUUGUUAGAGAUACCAAAAAUCUUAAACAAUAAAAAAGUCAGCUUUUCUGAAUAUUUUGUAUUUUUUGUUUUUCUGUAAGACAAAAAUUGGUUAAGAUUCGGUGUUUCUAAAUUUGCAUACACUCGUGAUAAGUGACUCGUUUAAGCCCUUUUAACUACAGCUCUUUCAAAAAUAAGGACUUUGAACCGAUAAAACUUACAGAUCAUAUUAUGAUCAAUACGUACGCGAGUAAAAAACUUGUGGAGUGGUAUCAUUUGAAAUGCUAAUUAGGAGGUGAUUUUCCCGAUUGCUUACCAAAAAAGGUACCAACUUUAUUUUGAGAGUAACUUGUUUACUUUUGAUGCUAAAAUUUUUUUUUAAAAAACAAAAAUAAGCAUUUUUUUAAACACUUUAUAAAAGUUAAAAUGAGUUUUACCCAAAAAAGUGCUUCGUUUUUUGGUUAUGGCCCGUUAAAAUAUUCGACUUGGAAUUUGACAAAUAAUAUGAACCUAUUUUUCAUUAGCUAUAACUCUUCUUCUACUAGAAAUAGUGACCUAAUAUAUACACCAUGUUUUUCACUUUUUUACGUGCUAUAUUUUUAUGACCAUUUUUUCUCGACCAAAUACUUAUUUUUGAGUUAUUUGCGAAAAUUCGUCUGAAAACGUGGUUAUGUUGUAGAAAAAUUAAGAUAUUCAUUCGCAAAUAACUCGAAAAGUAUGAUUUUGGUGAAAAAACUUAAUAGAGCAAAAGUUGCUUAGAAUUUUAUCCAUUUCCGGACUUAUUUCGAACAUAUAUUUUUCACCCCCAAAAGGGGGUGAAACUCACCCCUAGGGCAAAAGCACACAUCGGCGCAAUAACACUUUUUUUCUUUGACUUGUUAGCUAUGUGUAUGCCAAAUUCCAUGUCAAUCCAAGCGGUUCUUUAAAAUUUAGAGGUUUUGCAAUAUUUUACCUUUAAAGAACGUACUAUAAAUAGAAUAAACAUAUUAAGUACAAUUCAAAGAAUAUUAAUAAAAAUUCAAUCGGAAACAUUGAAAAAUAAGCAAAUUUUGACAAACAGCUCAAAAAAUGGAUUUUGCGGUGAACAUCAUAACUCGUCACUGUAUCCUACGAAAUAAAAAAUUCAAAAAUAUUUAAUUAGCCUAUGAAUUUUACGAGGUAACAACGUCGAAUUUUUUUAUUUUUAAUGAUUUAUGAAUUUUUGGUAUCGCUCAGAAAUCAAGAUUUUUUGUAAAAAUUUUGUGAAAAUCAACAGAUUUAUUAUUGUUGAACAAAAAAUAAGCACAAAACGAAUAUCUCGACGGUGGUGUUACCUCACGAAAUGUCUAAAGAAAAUAAAUGCAAAAUUUCAGGUAGAUCGGUCAAGUAGUUUUUCAGUUACAGUUUCCACUGCGUUUGAAAAAGCAGUUUUAAGAAAAAUGCGUUUAAAAUUUUGACAACUGCAUCUUCAUCUUCUUCAUCAAGCGAAUCGAAGGUAGGGAUAUUGAACACGCUGCAUCUCUGGUAAUUUUACUCCGAUCAAUCUGAAAUUUGCAGAGAGUAUUGUUGAAAGUAUGCACUUUUAUUUGAAAUAAAAAAUAAUUUAAUAUUUUAAACCAUACCCUUCCUUAAGUAGUUUUCGCCAAAUAAAUUUUGAAAUGUAAGUUUAAAAAAAAAUGUAUUAAUUUGAGAUAUUUUCUUUAAACCAAUAUCUUCAUUAUGCCAAGAACUUAGUAGCUAUAAAGUUUCACGUAAAAUUUCUUUUGUAGAACCGGGGUAAAAUGUUGAUUUACAUGUUUAAAAAUACAGCACUAUCGACGAGACAUCGUGGCGGGGACAGCAAUUUCAGCCGGCUCGAAAAUUAAAUCAAGCCUUAAAAAUAGCAAAACUAAUUUUUAAUUAACUGAGCUUCUAAUGAACCUAUUUUAAUAUUUUUUAUUGAAAUUGGGGUCCCGGAAGUUACAGCUUUCAAAUAUGAUACUCUUAAGAGCGUAUUAUUAUUUAUUUUUUAUGGUGGGGGAGCAAAGUAUACUAAAUGUGCAGUCGCUCUAGCGCUUUGGCUUUGGAGACGUAUUGGGUUGUGAAGAGUAGGUUCUAAAGCCAAAAAUGUUAAGUAAAGUUGUCCAUUUUAGUGGGAACCUUCCAUCCUUAAUUUAAUUUUCCAUUUUCAACAAUGGUUUUUUAGAUUACAGCGCCAUUUAUCCAUAACUCUAAAAAAUGUCUUAGUAAAAAAGUUACUUAUUUUUACGUAAAAAAAUCCAAAUCUGCAAUAAAAGUGAGGGCUCCCAUUUACGAUUUUAAGUAACCCCCCAUCCCACCUUCUUGGGGGGGGGUCGUGUUUGGUGUCGUUCGAUAGAUUUUUCAAAAAUAUUGAGUAACUAUUUUAUAGUUUUUCGAUCUGUCAUUCAUUUUGCGAUAUAUUUGCUUUUUUCUUGUGAAAUUUUGGGACUCACCCAUUUCCUUACACCCCGCUCAAAUCGUCAGAUUUUUGAAAUAUACACUGUUUUGCAUGUAGGUACUUAACUUACCUUAUCUUAAUCUGGCGAUUUCGAGUUUUUCUAAAAAUAGAUUUAUUUUUCGGCCCCCUCUUAAUAAUUAAUGUAGAUACAUAUAAUACUGUCCUUUAAAUUGUUAACUCCUUUAAUUUUAAAUAAAAGUAUUAGUUUAUUACCUUAAAAAUUUGUAAAAUUUUAAAAAUUACAUAGGCUUCCCUGGUCAACGGAUUUAAGAGAUUUGAAUUUUGUUGGAAAGCUUAAGUGUUCUUUAAUAUGUAAAAAAAUUGGUACUUAAAACUUUUUUGUUGCCUCUGCAUAAUUUCGAAAAAUAAUAACUUUUUUUAAACAAUUUAAAUCACAACAUUAUUUUGCAAAAGCUACGACAUUGAUUCUACUGGAAUUAUGUCCUGUGUUUUGAUAUUAAAGAAAUAUUCUUGGUAAAUUUUGAGUGUUUUAAGUCGCUUUGAAACACAAAGCGACUUUGAAAGAAUCAUUGCGAAAUGAAAACAUUGAUUUUUGACCCGAUUUUUAAUGGUUUUUGCUAAUUUUGCAAUCAUAAUAAUUAUUUUUUAGUUUUGAAUCAAUUCAAUCUUUCAGUAAAUUUAAUUGCAAGAUUUUUUUGUUUUCAUGAAAUUUUUCUAAAAUGCACAGCUGCCAUAUAGGAACGAAAAAGAAAACACAAAAAUGUCGGUAUGAUGAAAUUAUAAUUUCUAAUAAUAUUUCGAAGCGAAAAAAUAGGAUCAUAAUAUACAAUUUACCCAACCUAAAACAGAUACGUGGGUGAAUCAAAUAUGAACCGACCUUUCCGUACCCACUUAGCAUAAACUGGCGGAUAUGUCUAAAUUAGUCCUGCGGUGGCAGGUUAUAGUCUACUGUGUGACUGCGCGCUACCGCCUGUUCUCUAAUGACGUCCACUGCCAGUUGCAGUACUGUUGCGAUGAGCGAGAGAGUAGUGCCAUGGAUGGCUAUGUUCGGUUGCACAACCAUAGCCACCUUUACUUAACGGUAAAGUAAAGGUGGCUGUGGCACAACGCAUUUUUAUCAAAUUCCUUGCAAAAGAAAAUGUUGGUCCCACUGAAAUUUGGCGAAGACUAAAAAUCAAUAUGGGAAUCAAGACUGUCUAAUACACAAGUGAAAUUUUAGCUUAGACAAGUUCGUAAAGGACAAGAUGCCGUAUAAAACAAAAGUCAUCAAUGACGUCCAAAAAUUAUCCGAUAAAGGCGAGAACUCGUUUGUCUGAAGGCAAAGUUUUAGCGACAUGUUUUGGAAUUAUCGUGAGGUUUUGUGGCUAAAUUUUCUUCAUGAAAGACGAACGAUUAAUGCAGCUUAUCACUGGAGUCUUUUCGACCGUGUUCGAGUUGCCUAUAUGUCCAAAAAACGGGGAUGUCGUAUACGAGAUGUAUUACUCUUGCAUGACAACGCCCGACCGCAUACAGCUGACAAGAAAAUAUAGAGAAAAUGCAUUGGACUCUCGUUGAACAUCCUGCAUACAGUCCUGAUCUUUCACCAUAUGAUUACCACAUAUUCGGUCCAAAAGAUGCACUAGGCGGAGGGAGUUGUUUUGGUGAAGAUAAUCAAGUGGAGCAAUUCGUGAGAAAUUGGUUAGAUACCGGCCCUCACUCUUUUUAUGAAAAUGGAAUACACAAACUUCCUAGUCGUUGGGAAAAAUGCAUACAUAAGGAAGGAAUGUAUAUAGAAAAAUGGAGUAGGUAUUAUUUAAUGUUUGUAAUUAAAAUUUAAUAAAAAGUUAUUAGAAAAGGUCGGUUCAUAUUUGAUUCACCUCUUGUACCACCUGGUCUAACAAAUAACAGGCAAUAUUAAUUUUAAGUUUAAUUAUUGUUCACUAUGUUAAACACACUCAUUGGUAAUAUAAAUUGUGGUAACAAACUGAUAAUGUUCGUUAAUGUAAAUUGUUUCACAAUAAUGUACAUUAAGCUUUUAGGUGAAAUAAAGUAACUACUAGACAGCAUAAUAAA